AUGCACUACGCAUCGAUCUAUUUCCAGCGAAAGAAGCCCCGCCUAUUCCACUCGUUCUCGCUGGAGGAGCUCAUAUCGUACACCACGGAAGUGCCUCUGCGUCCGCUGCACUUCAUUCAUCAGCUGAUCACGUCGACGGUUCUGGAGAUCGAGCGGGACAUCAUGAUCUUCAUGGACAUCACGGUUGGAUAUAUGUCCUCCGAGUCCACUUCCACCGUGAACAAGAAGCUGCUGGAUAACAUUGUCUACCAGAGCUUCUGGAGUCAAAGCAUCUUUGACGAAGUGGUGUGCUUCACGAUGAAAGAGAUCAACAACAACCCGCAAGAGACGAGUUGCUAUCUGGGAUUCAAGCUGCUCUAUAUCUUGCUGAUGAUGCGUCGUCCGUCUCUGCCUCUUUUGAAGUAUGUGCUCUCCUUCGUGUAUCGGCAGAUUGUCGAUUCGAACGUGGGAGGCUUUGCCCGCGAGAUCAUGAAGGAAUACUUGGAGAAUCCCAGCCCAGCGAUCGGCAACUUCGACAUGAAUUGGUUCGCGAAGAUCUGCGACCUGGCCGACCAAGGCUUCAAGCCCUUCCCUCUGUCCCUGGCGCAUCUUUCCUUGAAGGAGAUCAUUGAGACGGAGAACUUCGCGGGCAUGCUGCUGAGCCACGGCAUCAUGCCGCCAAAGAACUUCUCCUAUGCGUGGUACCCCCUUUCAUGUAGUUCCGCAUCGCUGACUCCACUGGUAGGCACUUCGAUCUGUCGCGACCCCUACGUGCACCAAAUGUUUUCCUCGUUCCUCCAAGGAGUGAUUCUGUACAUCCGAAUCACGCACGACCGCGAGUUCAAAGAGCGGCUCGUCAUUCUGGACGAGUCCCUUCUGAAGAUCCGCUGGAUGUCGCUCCACUCCACCAAGCCGAAGCUGCGCGAGUUCCACGUGAAGGACUUCGAGGUGAGUGUGGCCAGCGUGAGUUGGAUCAAGGGUUCCAUUGAGGGACUGAACCACCAGGAACUUUUCGCGAUCAAGCUGACGCUCUACAACACCGACGAGACCAUCAACAUUGCAGUGUCCUCCCAUAUCGAGCGCGACCGCGUCUUGCGGUUCCUGAACCAGUGGAUCAACUGGUAUCAGCUCUACGCGCAGGAUCUUGACUCGAUGGACCCGAAUACCCUGACCCAGGAGAAGAAAUCGCUCUCGGAAGAAGACACGCCAGGGAAGAAGUAUCGCCGCUCCCUCGAGCAGUAUUUGGACACGGUGGAGCCGUUCGCUGCCUCUCUGACCAACCCGUACAAUAGUCUUUCCGACUCGUGCAGCACUCCGCACUCCACCACAAUAUCGCCCAGCAACUCCAUGUCGGGUUCGUUCCCUCAAACCAAGUCGGGCAAGCGCGGAUUUGACUUCAGUGCGGUGAACGCGGACGCGGUCGACCAGCUCAAACGCAACCAAGUGCUGUCGAAAUCGACCGCCACGCCGCCCAAUUCGCUCACUCCGGUUUUGAACUACUCGACUCCCCAGGACAACAUCAUCCAGCUACAGUCGCUGAUUCCCUAUCCCUAUCACGACCACAUUCCGAAGAUUUUGCAGGUGCUGGUGUACUACCUGUACAAGCUGGACGCCUACUCCAGCGAGGGUAUUUUCCGCAUUUCCUCGCUGGAAAGCACCACGCAGCAGCUGAAGAACGACCUCACCGACGGCUGCUAUGCGGCGAUCCUGGACGUCAAUUCGGGAUUUCUGAUCGCAAACAUGAUCAAGACGGUUCUCCGAGGGCUGCGACCCAUGCUGAUCGUCGAUUCUGUCGAAGCGAAGAUCCUUCAGCUCGGAAAGCAAAAGGUCAUUCCUCCGGAAGAGGCGUGGCGCAUAAUCCAAGAACUGCCGCCAGAGAACUAUAAGACGUUCAUGUAUAUUAUGACGAUGAUUCUGUACACGUCACGCGUGGAGGUGAAUCGAAUGAAGGAGGUGAUGGAGGUGUGUGACCUGCAGAUCCGAUGA